AUUUAUUAGAUACGAAUAUUUUGCUAUGCCAAAAAAUUAGCAUCGUCUGAACGUCAACAAACGUUUUGACAUUUCAAAGCAUUUAAAGAAUCAGAAAUCGAACACAUGUAAAAAUGACGGAAGACAUUCCAAGUAAACUUAUCUACACACAAAUAUGCAAACAGGGUGCUGUCAGAGCUGUAAGAUUCAACGUUGAUGGCUCAUACUGCCUGAGCUGUGGAAGUGACAAGAGUGUAAAACUGUGGAAUCCACACAGACAGUUGUUGCUUAAGUCGUAUAUUGGUCAUGGGUAUGAAGUUCUUGAUGCCCAGAGCUCAGGAGACAACAGUCAGAUAUGCUCCUGUGGUAUGGAUAAAACUGUGAUAGUAUUUGAUGUGGCCUCUGGGAAAUCUCUGAGAAGAUAUCGAGGGCAUGCAGGAACAGUUAACUGUGUUAGGUUUAAUGAAGAGUCAACGCUGGUUUUGUCUGGUUCUAUAGACAGUACUGUGAAAAUAUGGGAUUUAAAAUCAAGAAAAAUGGAACCAGUCCAGGUUUUAGAUGAAUCGAAGGACAGUGUUACUUGUAUACAAGUUUCCGAUCAUGAAAUACUUACUGGUUCAGCAGAUGGUAGAAUAAGAAGAUAUGAUCUCAGAAAUGGCAAACUACACACAGACCUUAUAGGAAAAUCUGUAACUAGUGUCAACUUUACAAGAGAUGCACAAUGUGUGUUAGUAUCUACACUUGACAACAGUUUGAAACUGAUGGACAAAGAUUCGGGUGAAAUGCUUAAUGAAUAUACUGGACACAAGAACAGUGAUUAUAGAAUAGAUAGCUGCUUAAACAGUAAAGACACACAUAUACUGAGUGGAUCUGAGGAUGGUUUUGUUUAUAUCUGGGAUCUUAUAGAGGGCAAAGUGAUACAUAAACUGGCACAUGAGGGCCAGAAAGUUGUACAUUCUCUGACAUAUCAUCCAUCUGAGACUUGUCUAGUUACUGCAGCUGGUGACAAAAUGUUUGUAUGGAAGUCAAAAUAUGCUUCUAGCCUUGAUACAUGAAAGAAGUUAAAGUGCCAUUACGAGGUGGAAGUCAAAAUAUGUUGAUAGCCAUGAUACAUGAAGGAAAUUGAAAUGGCAUUGUGGUAUUAGAUGGAGGUCUAAAAAUGUUGCCAGCCUUGAUACAGGGUAGAAAGCAAAGUGCCAUCCUAGGAUAGAAGUAAAAAGAUGUUGCUAGCUUAUACUCCAUAAAAAUGUGCUAUUCUGAUUGGUUAUAUCG